AUGCAAGCCAUCGCUCGGCUUAUCGACAAGGUUAAAAGCAGAGAUGAUGACGAUGUGGUCGACAGGGCUAACUACGUAUAUUCGGCCCUCAUGUUCGGGAUGUUUGCCUUGAUUACCAUGGCUAAACAAUAUGUGGGAGAGCCCUUGCAAUGUUGGGUGCCCCCUGAGUUCAAAGUAAUUAUAAUUAUUUAUGUUACAUUAUAAAGAAAUUAAAUUAAAAUUUUGAGAUUUCAGGGGUCUUGGGAAAAGUACUCGGAGAGUUAUUGUUUCGUGGAGAACACUUACUACAUAAAGAUGGCAGAGCAAUUGCCAAAGGGGCCCAGGCAACAAUACGAACUGCAGUAUUACCAAUGGGUCGGGUUCAUGAUGAUGGGGCAAAUGAUCUUCUUCGUCUUACCUAAGGCUGUUUGGAAUUCUCUUCAUCUAAAGACCGGUAUAGAUUGUGGUAUUACUGCAAUAAUGAGUAUGUUCAGGUCUAGCCAUCCAAUCGUUGAUAUCGACCUCCAAAUUGACCAUGAAAAAGGGUCAAGAUGCGAUGAUCAAGGAUAACAUCGAGAAGGAUAUGGUGAAGGCCUCCCAGUAUAUGAAGAACCUGCAUCGCUUCAAUAAGGACAAGAUCGACUCUCAGUCUUCGAAGCCCAUUAAUGCCAAAUUCUGGAAUGGCUACAUCACCAAAUUGUACAUUCUGUUUAAGAUACUCAACCUGAGUAAUUCGGUAAUCCAGCUAUACGUUCUAAAUCAAUUUCUUGGUCCCAAAUACACCUUCUUUGGAUACGGAUUGUUGAUGGAUCUACUGCAAGGAAAAGAAUGGGAGGAAUCCGGCCAUUUCCCGAGGGUAAAUUGGCCAGCCUGUGGGCGGAACAAAAACCUGUAGGGUUUUGUUCCGCAAGUGCAGUCGGAUUUCAUACGGUGCAUUUUGUCAUGCUACACGAAUGUCAUAGAUAUACCCUUACAUCUCUGCAAAAAGUGUAAUUUGGAUAAAAGUGUUCAUUUUGAUGUACUGUCGCGGAAAAAAGUUCUGGGAAUUUCCGGCACCGUGCUUGGAGUGCGACUCAAAUUCCAUCCCACUCCAAUUGAUUUGUCGCAGCGAAAAACGGGAAGACGUAAGGCAAAAAAAAAUUUCUGGACUUUUUGCCGCGACUUAACACUGUUAGAAAUCUUGUUAUAUUGGAAAAUUUGUUGUAAAUGUAAAAAUACAGAUGUAAGCGCUACAUUUUUUUAAGUGAGAUGUCAAAAAAAUAUUUUUGAAGACUGAAAUUCUAACAAUUGUGUAUCAAAUUCCCACUUAUCAAAAUUACACUUUAAAAUAAUCUUUACACUUACAUUUUUCCACUUGCAGCAAAUUUUCCGAUAUAACAUCAUUUCCAAUAGAGUUACACCGAAGUUAAAAUUUUUUUCAAGGUUACACUUUUUUGAAAAAAUUAGGCUUACAAUUCAUACUUUUUUUCAAAUUGCACUUUUUUACAAAGAUGUAAGGGUAUCCAUGACAUUCGAAUCAAUUUUCGGAAUAUGCCCAUUAUGGUAUUUGCUCGUUAUGGACCGAUUUUUCAGUUUCCCCAAUUGUCAAUCUCCGGUGUAAACAGACAUGUAAUAUUUUUGAUUUAAGGUAACUUAUUGUGACGUGAUGGUUCGCCUGCCCGGCGAUGUCAAGACUACCUACACCCUGCAAUGUGUUCUGGCCAUAAACAUGUUCAACGAGAAGAUCUACAUUUUCAUUUGGUUCUGGCUGUUUCUCCUCAGUGUCAUCAAUUUCCUCAAUCUCUGCAAUUGGCUGUUCCUUGUUCUCAGUGAGGAUAAUGCUGUUAAGUUCAUCAGAACUCAAUUGGUGAGUCCUUUUUCAAGGCCUGCAUCGUUUUUAUCAAUUAUUAUCACCCCGUUUAUUGUUAAAAUCAACAAUAAACAUAAUUUUUGUGUUCUUUGUCAUCCUAAACAUCAUGUGAAUAAGGACUUCAUAGAUUGUUUCGUAAACGGGUCAUGAAUAAAAUAUAGCGAUCAACCGUUUUGGCGUAAAAGCGGUCGUGGCAAAUCAAGGUUUGUGGUGUUUCAUCCAAAUUUCUCGCUCAAUAGUUGUGACGCCAGACUAAAAAAUCACUUUGAAAUUCCGAAGGAACGAUGUGCGAAAGGGCAAAAUGCACUGUGCGCUAAAAAAUCUCUGCCCACUUUUGAAAAAGCGUAGUAUUGACCUCCAGCAUUAGAAUAAUUAGAAUCCAAGUAUGAUAAUGAAACAGACUGAUUACGAAAGAUUACUAAUUUAUUUUGUUUGUACUAGCAUUGUUUUGAGUCUGUGGGUGUUUGCAAAACAAGGGAUCUGAAGGGAUGAGUAACAAAAAAAGACUAAAGCCCCCCAAAAUGGAAGGCUUUAGUUUGCAAAGCAUGAUGCAUGAACACCGGGAUCUCUGGGGGAUUACGAAAUUAUUCAAACAGACCAGACCCAUUAUUUUUCGAAAUUUGAAGAGAGAAAUCAAAAAAUAAUAUUACCAAUCAGACUCCAUAAAAAUCUACUCAAAACGAGUGGAAGGAGAAGCCGUGUGUGAUUAGCGCAGUGGAAGUGGGCUCGCUUUUUACGCAAAGGGUCUCAUGUUCGAGUCCUCUCCGGGGCGGCCUUGAAGAAACAUUUGACUAGAGUCUCCGAUGCUCAGUGUGGACAAAACUAUGGCGGAGCCGCCCUUUCUUUUAUGCUUUCACAUAUUUUAGUAGCAUAUGACUGCCUUACUCUCACUCUUUUGUUAUAAUUGCACUCCACACUUACAUUCAUACUCCCACUGUAUUUACACUUCCCAUUGCUAUUAUUAUAUAAGUGGGUUAUGCGGAAAAAACACCGAUGAAUACCACAAAAAUGAAAAGCUUCAAUUACCAUUUUCAGGCAUACAAAAACGUCAACUUGACUGUCGAAAAGACCAAAGAGUUUAUGGGAAGUUACUUAUAUCUGGACGCUGUGACUACUCUCAGAUUGGUCCAGCUGAAUUGUGGCGACUUUGUGUCAUCGGAUCUUAUCAAUUAUCUGUAUCAAGAUUACAAGCCCAAGGAAGAGAAAGAUUCUCAGCCCGAGGCCCUCGAGGAGAAGAGACCUCCGUUAAUAACUCCCUGA